AUGGCUCGUCUUAUUUUGUUGCUAAGGCUCCUCUUAUUCCUUGCUCCAUCACUUACCUUGGCAACAACUUGUAACGCGCCGCCGCCUCCUGAUCCCGAGCCCAUAGAAGUCAUUGAACUAUCUCUUCCACCGGUUUCUGCUGAAGAUGCUCCGGGUUCUUGCACUGCCGUAAUUAAUCCGCACGGCACCGGAUGCAUCGCUCAGAGAGGCGGCGGCUCCACCCCCGAGACGGUGGGUAUCAUGGCCGCGGGUGAUUUCCUCCCGGACAACAAGCAUGUCAUUACCCUAGUCACCUUCACCGGAGCCCCCGCUGCCCCAGACCCAAGAAGCAUCUACCAAGGAGAACAAAUCAUCCUUGUAAAGACCGAUGGGGAAACAUUUCCAAACGGUGACCCUUGGAAGUGCAUCACUUGCGGCAUCCCCUCCGAGAAUCGCGUGGGCAUGUCUCAUAUGCUCGACUACCCACAAUCUUUCGGCGAUGGCAAACGUAUUCUUGCUGGCGAUAACGUCAUUACUUGUGGAGAGAUCGAUCUUACCAGUGUCGAGUGCAACUCUAGCAAAACCUUUGUGUAUCCGAUUCGCUGGGAGACAACAGCGGAGGGGUCCACGAGUGAAGACACACCGGGAGGCCCAAUGCGCGAGCUUCGUAUCCAUCCCGACAAUGUACACAUUGGCUUCAGUUCUUUCUAUAGCUCCAAUGGGCGACUCGGUCAACACGCCUACUUCGGCCGUCUCGUGUUCAACGCAGCUCCUCAAAGAGGUCUACCCCGGGCGCCUCGGUACGACGUUCACAAUGUGACUACGAUGUUUGAUCCGAAUGCUAUCGCUCCCAUCACCGUCAAAGGUAACGAGAUUUUCAUCAAUCCUGAAGCUAUCACAGUUGGCGAGCUACGUGGAUUUACUGGAAGAGGGCACGAAGCCGUCUAUGUUGGUAGCCCGCGUGAGGCUGGCAACACUGAUGUGUUCUCUGUUCACCUGCAGACUGGAAAAAUCAGGCGUCUGACAUCGCAUCCCGAAUAUGUUGAUCCAAUUGACGUCUCGGCGGAUGACGAAUGGCUUGUCAUCCUAGAUACCCGUGCGACUAACCGCCACAUGUUCAUUGCUGGCAUGCGAGGUUUGCCCCCUUUUACGGACAUAGUAGCUUCCUUCAUCACUACUGGUGUGCGGAACAAUGGGCCCCGUCGUUUCUUCCAGCCUUGGAUCCUUGACAAGUAUGGCGAUCGCGGUGAAUACUACGGUCAGAAGGUUAACGGCCCAGGAAAUGGUGUUCCGGGCAGCGGUGAUAUCGACGAUCCGGAGUGGAAUGCGAUGGCUGAUCCGAGAUGGAGUCCCGAUGGCACCGCUAUUGCGUACUGGCAAGCACAGACUAUCUCUCCAGCUUGUGGUGGCGAGAAUCCUUUGCCUUGCUACCCUUCCACGGCGCAAGGUGGCAGAACUUAUCGUCUGAUGUUGGCAAAGCUCGUCAGCCGACAACCCUUGAACAUCCCUCCAGCAGAGGAAGCAUCUGACGAGAUAGCAUGGGGUGUUCCGUAUAUCCCGGGAAGUGUAACUGCAGACCGCCCUGGGUUAUCCCCCGGAGAGUUCAUUCACAAUGGCAAGGCGUCAGGCUUUGUCGAGGUCAGCCUGACUAAAAAGCUUGACCCCAACGCCAUCGAUACUGUCAUCACAGUUUAUCACAACUACUCGGAUGAUGGAACCCGCUUUAUAAAUGGCUGGGAAAAUGUGACUGAGGUCAGAGUUUCACCCACAUACAGUCUCAUGCACUGGUACGCCGAUUUAGUACAGACGGGCGAAGACAGCUAUCUCGCGAGUAAAAAGACAGGGCCCGUUGGCUACCACGUUGAGCUUGAUAUCACGAGAAACUAUAUCAAGUCCAACGGUACUUUGGUCACAACCAUCAACGGCGUCGAAUAUCUCCCUCCUCAGAGCGGAACCUAA